AUGCACCGACCCCGGCUACUGGCUAAUGAGGUUGAUGACGCGCUCACUGCGCAUGCCCAGAACAUACGGUUUGUGGUCUCACUUCAGUCUGAGAUUAUUGAACCCCCAGUCCCCGCGUCCUUUGAAACCUGCCCACCUGCCCACCUGCCCAGCGUCCUUCUCCGUCUGUCCUGCUGUUUGCCAGCACCUGCUGUGUUCCUGGCCCUGUACCGGGCGCUGCGUUCACGGGGACACUCCACCUGGAGGAACAGGGCUGCGGGAACGGAGUGGCGAGGAUCCGCGAACGCAGAGGCUCAGACGCGCGCCACGCGGGUCCCAGGGCCCGCGGGCCGGUGCCCAGGUUUCCCCGCCACGCAGGGGUCGCGGGCGAGGCCCGCCUUGGAGCUGCCGGAGAGCCUCAGCCUCGGGGCGCCUCCGCCUCCUGCCCCUCCGCCGCCAGCUCCGCUUCCUUGGAUCGGCUCUCCGAUGCUUCGUGGCUCCGGGGACUUGGCGUCGCGCUCACAGUGGGAACAGGAUCAUCGAAGAGACCAUGUCACAUUUAAGGUCGUGUCUCUGGCUCCUCUCGGCUGUGUGUUUCUCAGACUUUGCCUAGUUUUGAAGAGCACUGGUCAGGAUUUCGUGGAAUGUUCCUCAAUGUUGGAGCCUGCCUAACCGUUUUACUAGAAUGCAUACUUUUUAUUGUAUGCCUUUGAAUAGUUUUUUUAAAUAUCUGAA